CUCACUGGAACUCAUUACCGACCCGAUCUUCCUCUCUUCUUUCUCUUUCUCUCUCGCGCGCGGACAACCCGACAUCGACGGAGAGCCUUCUCCACCUACGAUCUCGGCUUCGUCGCAUCAUCGAAGGGAAAGCGGCGUCGGAUCUUGACGGUACCAGCCAUCUCCGGCUGAGUGGUCGACUCUUCGACCGUUCUUGCUCGCGGUCGGCAACAGCUCGGCGUCUAGGGCACGACGGGGGAGUUGAUUCACGUAGUUCCCCGCCGAUCGAUCUCCUCGUUCCUCCUCCUCGAACUGUUCGUUGGAGAGCGAUCUGCAUCUCCACACCCGCUAGAUUAGAUCCGGCGAUACCACUUGGAGGCAACCAAUCGAGUGGGUGGCAUCAGACCAGCUAAUUGGUGGAUUUCUCCUCUGCCGAUCUUUACUUCUCCACUUCUUGUAGCUGUUGAAGUCUCGGUGAAGAGGUGGAGGUUUGUUUGAGAAAGAUUUGGUGUAAGGGUUCUUGAUAGAAGUAGGUAGGAGUCUUGUUGGCUGUGACAUUCGGAAUUUGCUGUCAAAACCUCAAGGACCUUGAUCGGUGACAAGUCGCGUGACGUGAGUGGUUCUGUUGAUACGAGAUAUAUCGAGAUGUCAGCCAAAGCGAGGAAGGUCACUGGAAGAGGUGAACAGACAGUUGCUCAUUAUGCUUUCCAUCCACUGGAGGAUGAUGCAAUAAUCAAACAUAGGCUUCUAACUCGAACAACAACCACUCGAGGUGAACCACCACUGAAGAAGCUGCAGAAAAAGUUUGUCGCCUUUGCACAUGAAGUAGAAAAAGAUGGAGAUAAUGCCGAGGACUUGGAGAAGGCUUACAAGGUCUUCUUACAAGAGAUUAUUACAUUCGAGUUACCGCUUCUGAAAAGCAAAGCUGUAGUUGAUGCAAAUCUCCGAGAGAAGGAAAGUUUCAAUGAGUUACAAACUGAAAUCCAGCGGCAAAUAGUCCAAGCCCAGGCUGAUAUAGAGGAUCUUAAGAAACAACUCGAGCUAAGCAAAAUUGAGAGGCAGCACAAGGAAGAGUGUGAAGUCAUUCGGAAACUGAUUGCCUCACAGCCCCCAAGGUCUGAAACACAGAAACUUAUAUCUGAUCUUGAGAAAGAAAUUGCUGCUUUGGAGGCGGAGAAUCUUUCCUGUGCGAAGACGCUGGAUCUUAGGAAGAAACAAUUAACUCUUCUACUCCAUGUGGUUGACGAAUUGCAGAACACAAUUGAAGAUGAACAGAAGAGUCCAGUGGAUGAGUUGCAAGCAGCUAUUGAAGAGCAUAAGAUGAAUGUGGAAGAAGACAGUGGCCCUGGAUCUGAAGCUAUGGCUGUUGAUUAAUUUAUGAACUGUUAAGUUUCGACAUCUAUUUUCCCACCUUUUGUUUGGAUUAUGAAACUAGUAGAACAAUGUUUUGCUAUGCAAUUUUCUUCCUUGGCAA